AGAGAUAGAGGAACAGCAACAACCCAAGACUGCGCAGCCACAGCCGCCAUUUAUCAUUGCCUUUUUGUGUGAUGAUCAUUAUAACUAUUUUGUUUCAGAGUGCGAAAUAAAGUUACAUUAAAUCUAGAGAGAGAAAGUGAUCCGGACGGACACAAAAUUGCGAGUGUGUGACAUCCAAAAGCACUGAAUUAAAUAAAAAUAAAAGGGAUUCUGGUGAGAGAAAAAAGCCCAAAAAUCAGCUAUUUAAGGACAUCACAAGAGCACUACUUAAACCUCUGCAAUCAUCACUUCCCUGUAAAGUAAAACCAGAGCGCUCCUCUUUCUUUCUUAGCCCAAAACAGAGUAAUACUGAUUUUGGGGGUGUGGGUUUUGCUAUUUAUAGUGAUAUAUAUAUAUAUAUAUAUACACACCAAUUUAGAGAGAAGAUGGUGGAGGAUGGUGUACCAAUGGUGGUGGUGAGAGAAUUCGAUCAAGAGAGAGAUUGCAGAGGAGUGGAAGAUGUAGAGAGAAGGUGUGAAGUUGGGCCGAGUGGGAAGCUCUCUCUCUUCACUGACCUCUUGGGUGACCCGAUUUGCAGAGUUCGAAACUCUCCCGCCUAUCUCAUGCUGGUUGCUGAGAUGGUAAUGGGUAAUGAAAACGGAGAAGAGAGAGAAAUAGUAGGGAUGAUAAGAGGUUGCAUCAAGACCGUUACAUGCGGCAAGAAACUCUGGAGGAAUGGAAAUGGAAAGAUCAACGGCCUCGAUCACUCCAAACCCCUUCCUGUCUACACCAAACUUGCCUACAUCUUGGGCCUUCGUGUCUCUCCCUCUCACCGGAGAAUGGGAAUUGGGUUGAAGCUGGUUCGUAGAAUGGAAGCUUGGUUCGGCGAAAAUGGUGCUGAAUAUUCGUACAUAGCAACUGAAAACGACAACCUAGCUUCGGUUAAGCUCUUCACAGACAAAUGUGGCUAUUCCAAGUUCCGUACACCUUCAAUCCUGGUCCGGCCAGUGUUCGCUCACCGAGUCCGACUCACCAAGCGAGUCACCAUCAUCAAACUCACCCCGUCCGACGCCGAGACGCUCUACCGCCGCCGAUUCUCCACCACCGAGUUCUUCCCCCGCGACAUCGACUCUGUCCUGAACAAUAAACUCAAUCUGGGCACUUUCAUUGCCCUCCCAUCGAACGCCUACUCACCUGAGUCGUGGCCGGGUUUCGAACGAUUCUUGACCGACUCUCCCGAGUCGUGGGCGGUACUCAGUGUGUGGAACUGUAAGGAUGUGUUCAAGCUUGAGGUGAGAGGCGUGUCGCGCGUGAGCAAAGUGUUGGCCCAGACCACUCGGUUGGUGGACCGGGCUUUCCCGUGGCUGCAUUUGCCAUCGGUCCCUGAAGUGUUUCAGCCCUUCGGGCUUCAUUUCUUGUAUGGGCUUGGCGGGGAAGGCCCAAUUGCGGUGAAGCUGGUUAAGGCCUUGUGUGACUUCGCGCAUAAUUUGGCUAAUAAGUGCGGUUGUGGGGUGGUGGCGACGGAGGUGGCGAGUGGCGAACCGCUCAGGUUAGGAAUUCCCCACUGGAAGAGUCUAUCGUGCGCCGAGGACCUGUGGUGCAUCAAGAGACUUGGGGAAGACUACAGUGACGGGUCUGUGGGUGACUGGACAAAAUCGCCACCUGGGCUGUCUAUUUUUGUUGAUCCAAGAGAGUUCUGAUUAUAUGUCAUGUGGCGUGUUUGGCCCAAAAAAAAUCUACUUCUGAGGUUGCAAAAAAAACCAAGGAAUGUGGCUUAAUUAGGGUCUUAAUUUUGUAAAGUUUUUUAGAUGUGGUGGAGGUUGCAAUAUACAGGAGGAGAAGAUAUGGUUUUUUUUUUUCUGCAUAUAUAUAUAUAUGUGUGUGUGUGUGUGUGUGUGUGUGUGGAGGUUGUUGUAAAGUUAAUAUCCCCACUUUUUUCUUUAUGUUAAUGGAAGUGACUUUUUAGAUC